AUGUCGGUUGAAUUUCCACUGAAUGAUCACGGAAUUCUCGAGCAGAAAUCGUUUUGGAUGAUAUUCGCAUUGCGCUUGAUUCUCCUUUUAUCUCAUGCACGGCCAAUGAAAAGACAUUUCGUAAGUCUUUAUAAUUUAAGUGAUCUUAAGACAGCUCUUCUGGCUACUAAAAUCUUCGCUGAAACGACAAUACUUGUUUUUGGCUUCGUCGGGAACCUUUGUUCUUGCUUUGUGAUCGGUUUUGAUAAAUCUAUGCAUACGUCAACAAAUUAUUACCUGAUUAGCCUGGCUAUCUCUGAUCUAUUAACAGUCUGCCUAGGUGAGUCUGUUGCUUUAUCGUAG